AUGUCGUUCCGGCCGAUGUUGAAGCAGCGGGCUGUGGCUCCGAUCGCAGCCACCCUCCUCGCUGGAGGAUUGACCUUGUACCCUAAACAGGCUUAUGCCGAGGACCUUCGCGACCGCAAACCCAUCUACGAUGAUUACCCAUCCGACGCCGCGGAGCCUACCAAGGCUGUCGCCCCGGCAUCCCAGGCGGUUUCUCUGCCCUCAUCGCAAUCUCUUUCUACUUCUCCCACGCCAACAGACAUCCUGACUUCUCAGGUUCGACAAGCUCGACUUUUCCUAUACUCCCACUCUCUUGCCGCGGAGAACAGCUUCAACAACUUCCUCUCCCGCGCUCUGCACAUCGAGAACGCCUUCACCAACACGAUCGCAUCGCUGGCUCCGUCACCCGAAUCUGGUGAGCGCUUGACUCCCGGUGGUGUCUACGUGAUCGUGUCCGCCAUGGCCGGUUCCAUUGUGUCACGCAACCGUGGUAUCAUCCUCCGCACGCUGUCUCCGCUCACUUUUGGCACCGUCGCUGCAUGGACUCUUUUGCCCGUCACUAUGAGAAAUGUGUCCGACCUCGUGUGGGAAUAUGAAAAGAAGUUCCCCGUGGUUGCGGAUCAGCACCUGGCUGUGCGGGAGAAGGCGGAGUACAUCUGGUACACUGGCAUUGCGCACAGUGGCAUGGCCCGCCAGAUGAUGGAAGACAAAAUUGGCGAGACUCGCAAGAAGCUCGAGGAGUUGGUGAGCAAAGGUCACUAG